AUCUUCCAGAAGACAGCGAACCUAGCAGUGAAGAAAACGUCCGGCUCGAGGGUGUCGGACUCAACUGGAUUAGCAGAGCCGCCCGCAGAAGUUCCCUUCUAUAAGGAAAUAUGUACAGAUGACGCCGAUACAUAUCGUUUUCGUAUUAGCGAGCCUUUGCGUUCUGGCUUCGGCUACCAACCGACCAUGCACCUACAAAGGACAAAACUAUCGGCACGAUCAAACUUUCAUAGACGUUUAUAGCGAGUGCAAAUGUAACGAUGGACAAGUCACAUGUUCUCAACGCGUAUAUGGCAAGAAACAAUGCACGUACAAAGAAAAAACCUAUCAGGACGGUCAAACUUUCAUAGACGUUUAUAGCGAGUGCACAUGCAACGAUGGAACAGUCACAUGUUCUCAACGCGCUUAUGCCAACAUCGACGAGUGUGCCACCAAUCCAUGCAAGAACGGAGCCACGUGCAUCAAUGGGCAGAACAAGUACACGUGCAUGUGUACUGGAGGUUGGCAGGGAACCAAUUGUGACCAAGACAUCGACGAGUGUGUGGGCAAUCCAUGCAAGAACGGAGCCACGUGCAUCAAUGGGCAGAACAAGUACACGUGCACGUGUGCUGGAGGUUGGCAGGGAACCAAUUGUGAACAAGACAUCAACGAGUGUGCCACCAACCCGUGUAAAAACGGAGCCACGUGCAACAAUCUUCUCAACAACUACACGUGUACGUGUACAGGAGGAUGGCAGGGAACCAACUGUGACCAAGACAUCGACGAGUGUGCCACCAAUCCAUGCAAGAACGGGGCCUCGUGCAUCAAUGGACAGAACAAGUACACGUGCACGUGUGCUGCAGGUUGGCAGGGAACCAACUGUGACCAUGACAUCAACGAGUGUGCCACCAAUCCUUGUAAGAACGGAGCCACGUGCAUCAAUGGACAGAACCAGUACACGUGCACGUGUAAAGGGGGAUGGCAAGGAACCAACUGUGACCAAGAGAACACAUGCACCUACGAAGGAAACACCUACCAGGACGGUCAAACGUUCAAAGACGAAUGUAAUACUUGCAAAUGCCACAAGAAUGGAAAGGUCACGUGUUCUAACCGCAAAUGUCCAACGUAUUAGUGGCAGAGUCGAACAAGUAACCAAAGCGCAACACAUGACC